AUGUUGAUGGCAAGGUUGUGCUGGGGAAAGGAAGAGGGGGCAGAGGAGGAAGAGGAGGCAGAGGAGGCAGAGGAGGAGGAGGAGGAAAGAGAUGAACAAAAAGAAGGAAAAAAUCAGGCGAAGAAUGAUCGAAGGGAGUCUGCAUACUGCACCCUACCACCAUUAUCAAAGUUGAUACAGACAGCAUUUUGA